AUGCCGAAUGCCAUCACUGGAUGGGAAGACCAGAUUGAAAGCCAGAUUGCCGGGACGAUUGGGUGUAUCAGACAGCGCGGUCCCAUGGUUGAUGUCAACAUGGCUAUUGCUCGGGUCAUGGAAGAUGCCGCAGUUGAUACCAUCUCAGUCGGAGGCGGAAUGAUCACAGACGCUGCCAGGGCCAUAUGUUUCCGUGCUUCCGAGGAACACAGAACGCCUCCGAAUCACAUCGCCAUCACCACGAGCUUCAUUGAGGCCGAAUGCACAGCUUGCGAUGGGUACUCCGAGGGCAAAAAUAUCGGAUCUCGUGCCCAAGAGGUGGGUAUUGGAGUGUUUUGGUACCAAACCGAUUCUGCGGCGCACACGCGGAGGUAA